AUGAUACUUAUACAGAGAGCUACAUCUCUACCAUCGGCGUUGACUUCGUACAAAAUUCGAACAAUCGAGCUCGAUGGAAAGACCGUCAAACUUCAGAUCUGGGAUACCGCUGGCCAAGAACGAUUCCGAACCAUCACAUCCUCUUACUACCGAGGCGCCCAUGGAAUCUGCGUGGUUUACGACGUGACGGAUAUGGACUCGUUCAACAACGUCAAGCAGUGGCUGCAAGAAAUCGACCGUUACGCCACACAGGGCGUCAACAAGCUUCUCGUGGGCAACAAGAGCGAUAUGGAAGACAAGAAGGUCGUUGAAUACACCGUUGCAAAGGAGUUCGCUGAUAGUCUUGGUAUUCCAUUCCUGGAGACCUCCGCCAAGAACGCCUCGAACGUCGAACAAGCCUUCUUGACCAUGGCCAGACAGAUCAAAGAACGGAUGGGUACCGCAACUGUCAACAACAAGCCUACCGUCCAGGUUGGCCAGGGCCAAGGAGUCCAGUCGAAUUCCGGCAGCUCAUGCUGCUAA